UUUACCUAUUUCAUGAGGGCAUUUGUUAUCUUGGAUUUCCGUAUAUGGGAAACCAAAAUUAGUCAUACACAUUGACAUUUAUAAGGUGGCUAAUUCGUUUAACGAUAUCAGAAGAUGUAUGGAUAAUGAGAAGGUAAGAAUAAUUUGAUUUUUUCUGAUGAGCUGUUUUCUGAUCUUCUUUAUUCGUUUGUGAUGGGAAAGAUAUGUGAUAUGUAGUAUAUGUAUAUAUUCGUUCUUAUUCGCAUUUAAUAGCCAUGACACGAACUUAUUAGUUCGCGAUAGCAUACAAUGUGAAUAAAGUAAUACGUAGCGUACUUUUAUAUAUAACAUUCCUUGCAAUAUUAAUAAUUGAUAUGAUAUUGAAAAUAAUAACUACAGCACAUACUAGCAUGUAUUUCAAAAGUACCACGGUAUUAUCUACAUUGUAUGCAAACAUGUUGUACCUAUAUCAGAUACCUACUAUAUACUGUAGACAGAUGGCUUUUUAGAUUUCUUGAAUCCCGCUUUGAUUUAACAAUAUCAGAUACCUACUAUGUACUGUAUAUAUACAUAUUCCCAUUGGUAAGAACUCUUUUGUAUUUUAGCUGUACUAAAAUAUACAACAGAAAUAAGCAAGGUGAAUGUAACAUAAUUCCAUCUACGUCGUUUAUCUUAAAAACAUAUGUAUAUUUAUUGUUUUUAUUCGUAAAUAAUAGCCAUGUUACACAGUUUAUUAGUUCGCCAUAGCAUUUAUGCUCUUAAGUAAUCCUAUCUGUAAGUUCAUAUGAUUUAUACGUUAUAUAUGUAGCAUUUCUCGCAAUACUAAUGAUCAAUGAUUACCACAGCACAUAUUUUAUCAUCCACUAUCUUAAGUAUGUAAACAUGUUUUAUCUCUGUCAUGACCUACAUGUGAAUAUUCUUAAUCUGGAAUCCCGCUCUAUAAAACCCCAAAUGAAUAAUACAAAUACACAUUAACUUAUAUAAGGUAGGUAUUUUGAUAUUGUCUGAUUUUCUUAAUAAAAUUGUUAUGGAAAAAGUUUUACAUAGAACAUAAAUAUGUGUGCAUACGUAGAUGCAGUUGUGUGUACUUCCAUUUAUCAUAUAGAAUUUAAAUUUUGAUGAGCAAGACGUAAUUAAAUGAAAUGAUUGAACAAGCCCUUUGUAAUCGGCUUUUGAGAAAUCAAUUUUGAAUGUAACAAAUGUAAGGUUUAUUCUAUAUAUGUGUGUGUGUGUCAGGAGUUAAACAAAAAGUAUAACACGGAAAAUUUAGUAUUUAUAAGGAUUUUGACAUUUGUCAGACAAAGACGUUCUCUGUGAUCACGUUGUUUCAUUGAAGGGGAGAGUAUACGUGAACCUGGUUAAUCUUGCACUUGAACUGACAAAAGAGAUUAAAGUAUCAACUAAACAGACGGAACGAUGGACGUGGCAGUAAUAGCUAAUGAUCCAGUUACGAGCUUGAGAUACCACAAGAAUCAAUAUGGACACCCAAAUCAUUCUGGAAAUGGCUUGCACCUAAUGAUGAAAGACCACAUAGACGAGUUGCUUGAACUGGUGAAGAAAGCCAGCACACUUUACCAGAUGAUCCUUGAUUUUGAGAAAUUCUUGGAAGCAAACCUGUUACAACUUGCAGCUAAAUUUGAAAGAAUCAAAAAGUUGACAUCACCACAAACACCAGGCCGUCAUAACCGUUGUGAAGAAAUAUCAACAAAAGCACAAGUUGAGGAGUUCAAUGAGCAACCUUGUACUGAGUCUGAUAUUAAUCUUCGAAUGGAAAAGACGAAACGUACAGAAAAGCUACCGCUGCAUGUAGUGUCAUUAAGAAGAACUAUUAACAGUAAAACACAUCAACAAGGAGUUCAUUGUUUGAAUGGGAAAGAUGAGACGAACCAUAACCUAGACCAAACCAAACUUAAAUACAAGAGUAACGUCAGACAUGGAAGAAAGUUUGUCGAAGAAAGGCCUCGAACAAAUACUUUGUUAAAGUGUUUAAAAAUAUUGUUCCUUUCGAUUAUGUUUUCUUCAGCAGUUGAAGGGUGUUCAGGGUACGUUCAUCGAGCGGCUGCAGUAGGAAUGCAUGCUUCAUUUGACUGCGACAUUGAAUCAAAGCCCAAUUCACGGAUCUCGUCUGAUGAGAAUGGGGCUUUAGACUUCAAACGCGUAAAAUGGAAAGAUGCUGGCGCUUACGACUGCCGAGAAUAUACGUUCAACCUUGAAGUAACUGCUCUUGUGCCGUUUUUUCAACAAACAUCUUUGUCCUACAUCCAACUUCGGCCUGAAAAAUAUCAACACUUAUUUAUUGAAAUGUCUAUUCAGCCACAUUUAAUUGACGGGUUGAUAUUGUAUAUUGGAAAUGACAUCGAUGAAAGUCCUGUUGUAACGUUUGGACUACAGGGAGCACAGCCAGUGAUGCAUAUUUUUAAAGGAAAUGUUUCAACAGCAAUCAAAGGGAAGCAACUCAUGUCUAAAAACAAAUGGCACACGCUUAGUUUAAAAGUUGAUAGGAAAACAGCUACCAUGGCGAUUGAUAAGUUUCCUCCGAAUGUGAGAACAGUAGUCGAAGAUAUUGACUUCAGUGACUGUUCCAUGCACAUUGGCGCGUUGCCGAACUCAAGUGUACCGCUCAAUUUAUCAGGACUUUCAGCUGGAUUUGUAGGUUAUAUCAGUGAGUUUAAGCACAAUGAUCGACUAGUAGACCUUGGAUCAGAGGCUCUCUAUCUUGUGGGCAUAGACCAUUACAAUGCAUGUGCAGAAAAUCCCUGUAGGAAUUGCACACCAGCAAAUGUGAAAGAAGGCUUUGUAUGUAUCUGCCCAAGAAAUGAUACGGAUACCUAUUGCCAAAUUGCGCAAAAGGAGUGUUCUCACAUUAUGUCUGCCAAUUUGGAAGAAAAUGUUGUCAUCACUUGGAAGACGACAGACAGGCAUAUUACUUACGUCAAUGUCAGCAACGAAUACAUAGGAAGCUGCACGCCGUUGCUCAAAACUGGGUCGUUAGAUCACUACGACUUCCAGUUAUAUAAUGUAUCGUUUAGCAAUGAUACUUGUCAGCUUGAUAUUAACUAUCCCGUGUUGAUUAAAGCGUUUGGCAUCAUCAAAAUUGAGAUUGAAUCAUCUACAGCAGGUCUGGAAAGUGUGUUUGUCAAUGAAAGCAAGGUUAUUUGCAUGUCAUCCUCUGCGGCAGUUGUUUUCAUAUCAGGCGAACAAGGCGAUGUACCAAAGCCAUUUGAGACACCACUGCAUAAUUACUCUUUAGUUAUAGGCAUUAUUGUGGCCAUUGUGUUUCUGCUAGCUGUAGGAAUCACAAUGUUUGUAUUUCGAGGUAAAGUUCGUUUCUGCAAAGGAGAAUCUAAAGAACAGCAUGAUGGUGUUCAAGGAAACGGUUCCGAAAACAAUCCCCUUGUUCAUCAAGCCGGUAAGUCUUGGGCUAAAUUCAUUUUAACAAUACAACUAUGAAGAUAAGCUCAUUGUUCGUUAAACAGGUAAGCGUGUCGUGUUGGCUUACCUCAUUUUAAUAAUAUGCCGAAUGCAAAUUGUCGACACUCGUAGUCAUCUGUCAAUGGUACGACCACAUAUCGUCAUGUUUGAUGUUCAUUCCUUAAUUGAGUAAAUAAAUUUGUGUAACUAUUUCGAGAGAGUGGUUUUUGGCCUCGGAUUACAUAAGAAAAAAAUAUAUUAGCUACGAGGCCAAAAUUGCCAAGUUAAAAAAGCGCAAAUAUAACGAAUAAUUCAUUUAUCUAUACACAAAUCAUAAGUGUUUUUUGAUUAUAUAUUAAAUUCAAUUAGAAAUGAGAUUAUACUGAUAAGCAUUAGAAUUGAAAGAUUAUUGCAGAGACCCUAUUCUGUUUUUCGCCAUUGACAGUUGAAAAAAAUGGAACCAUUGGAGUCAUGGAUUAUCAUUGUGUUGCAUAAUGUUAAUGUUUGAAAUUGGUGAAGAUAUUGUCAUGUAACACAGCCCAAAGUAUAACCGAAACACAUGUAUGAUGGCAAUAAGAAUAGCGCUCUUGUUUAAAGAAAAGCUAUGAAGUUCAUGUUAGCAUAUGUGCUUGGAAUUUUAUUGCUGGCCAUAACAUGGACAUCAUUAGAUGAUUGCAGAAUUGGUUCACAUGUUCAACAAUACAAUAUACAUAAUGUAACAUGCCGAAUUACUUCUUGGUGUAUAGCUGUUUGUAGCUGUGACUGAUGGACCCGUCUAGGAUAGUGCAUAUGGUGCUCUUGAUCUCUAAUGUUAAUUUCUUUCAAUUGCUUUAGGAAGAAGGCAAGGGACUCCUUCCUAGGUACAAACUUUCUCCCAUCAUGUGUUAGCAAUAAUACAAUAAUCGAACAGCUGAUGGUCUAUGUAUGGUUUGUUUUGGUUAUAUGAGUGUUUGAUCGAUUCUACUGGUCUGAGCCGGUAUUCAUGAAACAUUUUAAGUCAUUUCGUGGCACCUUUCUCUAAAUUUGAAGAAAAUAUGAGAAAAUCAACCAGUUAUAGGUAAAGAAAUGACUUAUUAAUAUAUAUUUAAUUAACAAUGACGAGCGUUCAGGUGUAUUUAACAAUUUUGUGUGUCAAAUUUAAUGAGUUUCACAUGAAAUAAACUAGGAACAUUAAAGGACUAAAACACUUUAACACGAUUGCAUGUAAAACAUGUCAAUUCAUUUAACAUUUAUUGUUGUUCGUUCUUUCUAAAUAAGUAUGAUGUUUUUAAUAUUGGCAUUUCUUAAUACUUAACAUACUUUUCUAAGAGAUAAUCAAAUUUGCAAAACCACAUAUUAUAUUUGAAAGUUGGAAUUAAAUUGCUUAGUAAUUUUACAAACGUAAUUAAUAUACCAAAGUAUAAGUUUUGCACAUUUUUCACUAACUUAAGUGUAUUAAAAUAUUUUACCCAAAGCUUGCUGUCUGCGAAAUGUUAUUAACAUGCAUAGUUAGAAUGUUCUAUAGUAUCCAUUUUACAUGCAUUUAACGAAAUUGCAAACAACAUAAAAGGUAGAUAGAACAUGUUUAUACUAAUUACAAAUAAAUAAUUGGGCGGGUUAGGGAGAUAUUUUUAUCUGUCUUAGUUUACAUCGUUUCUUAGUUUACAUCGUUGAAUGAUAUUAAAGGAGGAGGAUCGUGUAUAGAAUGAGAUUUGUUUGUUUCGCUAGAACACAUGAAAGAAUAUUUCUGUCACUGCAUUGGUGUUGGCAGUAUGACAGUAUGAUUAAAAUUCAGGUAUCAUUAUCGUGAUUCUACAUUUAUAAUCUUAACAUUUCGAAUUUGAACGAACGAGUAACAUGUGAAAUAGUUCGUUGUCACUCUUAUGAAAGGUCUAAUAGUAAGUUUAUCUUGAUUGUCUUAGUUUGUGUUUUAUAUUAUUGCGUGCUAUAUUAUGAACUUAAUUCAACUGUGAGGCAAAAAUGUUGGCUUUACGGCUAGAGUAUACAAGUACACAGCAUUCCCAAUACGUCAUUCCAAAAUCAAAAACUGAAGGAAACUUUAUAAAAGAGUUUGAAUAAACACAUUGUUUUAUGAUCGUUUAAUCAACUUUUACAAAUUUUAGCUCGAAACUCCAAAGAAAAAGGAAAGCUAUACUAACCCUGCGUCGCCGUCGGCUCAGGUUUUGCAUGUAUUUAGUCAAUAUCAGAAAAUGCUUCAAGUGUUGCAUUUGAACCUUAGACAAGUUUUUGCAAUCACCCAACCUACUUAAUUAUUAAUCAAAUAAUGUGAAUUAAGCUCUUAUUAUUCGCCUUAGGAAUUCUUGUUACGGUUUUGUAUGAAACACGUGCAUCAAUCAAUAUCACAACACCAUAUGAUCUUUUGCCCUGCACAGCUGAAAUGGGCUCACAACCAACCAACCUACUCAAUUGACCAGUAAUUUUGUUAAAGGCUUUGUACGAGCUUAAACAAUGUUUUAAUAUUUCAGCAACUUCUUUAGGUAUUGUAUUGAGGUUUCAUCUAUCCAAUCGACUUAAUUUGUCAAGUUAGAAAAAAAAAAUAUUUGGCCCUUUAUUAUUUGACUUCAUAAAUCUGGUUAAGGUUUUGCAUGCAAACGUGCAUUAAUGAAUAUAUCAGCAACUACUUGAUGAACUCUAUUGACAUUUAAUACAACGGCUCCAAACCGUCCAACUAACUUAUCUAAUUAAGUCAGAUAGUUAUCUUGAAUGAAAUGCAAACGAUGGCCCAUUAUUAUUCGUCUUAAGAAUUCUGAAUUAAAGUUGUGAAAUAGUCGAAUAAUGGCUUGGUGACAGUUCUUGUAAAUAAGGUUUAUACUUCAGAAAUAUUACUUGCAUCGCUUAAAAUGCCUUCUAAGAAUACAAUGCACAUACUUGUUUUGACAACGUUAAUCGGAAUAUGGCUUUUGAACGUAUUCAUUGUAAGCGAAUUUUAAGUUUAUUCAGGGGGUGAUUUUAUGGACAAAAUUGUUUAUAAAAUAUCAAUUAAAUUGUACAUAAACAUGAUAGAAUGUACUCGUUUUUAUUUAGCUUACAAAAGAUUAAAGUGAAAACCAUACACCAUCAUAUAAAAACAUAAGACCCAUAUCCAAUGUUUUAUCUAAACCAUUGUGGUGAAUUAUCAAAACAGCUGGCAUUAGGUAAGUAGUUUUCAACUUUGCCAUUGUAUAUUUAUUUUCUUUUUGCAUUGAACAAGUGUACCUAUAUUGUAGCCUUUGUUUAUUAAUUUUGAGAUAUACAUGUAUACAACUGUUGUAGGAAUUUCUUUAUUUUUUACAGAUAUAUCAAUUAAAACAUACUUUAUAAAUAUAGAUAGUGGUGGCAUUAUCAUAUUGCCUUUAUGUGACACGGCAUAACCGUUUGCUUCUGUCUCAUGUCCAUUGCUUAUUUCAUUCCUUUUGUCAUUGAACAUGUGUAUAGAUAAUGUAGUCUUUGCUUGUUAAGUUUUUAUUAUAUAUGUAUACAACUGAUGUAGGCUGUUGCAUUUCUUUAUUUUACAGACUAUAUCAAUAUAUACAUACUUUAUAAAUAUCGAUAAAGAUGGCAAUGUCAUACUGUCUUUAUGUGACAAAGAAUAACAUUCACUUAUUUUGCUUGUCCUUUGUUUAUUUCUUUCCUUUAUUCAUUUGAACAGUGUAAAGGCAUUGCAGUCUUUGCUCGUCAAUGAAUAGUUAGUUAUACGUGUAUAUACCUGAUGUAGAAUGUAACAUUUAACUUCGUUCUCACGUUCAUUGUUUAGUUCUUCUCUUUAGGCAUUGGACUUAUUUAUAGGCAUUUUAUUCUUUUUUCAUGAUGUCUAAGUUAUAUAGUUAAUGUAUAAUGUCUCAUUCCUUAAUUAUACAAAAUUGUUUCAAUAGUUAUGGCAUUAUCGUUAAGUAUUUCGUUAUCACAGCUUUAAUAUUUACUUCCUUUUCCUUUUGAGUACCUGUUUCUUAUAGUAAGUGAAUAUAAGAAAAUGAUUUGUGUAUAAUCUCUUUAAUUAUUAUUAAUACUAUUAUACUUUAUGUCUAAAGUUUAAUUAGAAAUUGUGUAUGAAUUUCCACUGUGCUUUUUAAACUGUCAUCAUUAUCUGAAAUAAACUAGCAGUGCCACCCAU